AUGCAGGAUGAUCCUUUGAUGGAGAUGAAUGUCAAUUCAACCCCGAAUUUAAAUAUGGAAAAUACUUUCCAUAAGAAUGGGGAAAACAUAUUAAGGACAACAACAUGCGUAACUCAAACAAAUAUCUCAUAUAAUGAUAUAGAGGCUCAAAUAUCUCGCAUAAAUGUAAUUAAUCAGAAUUUUAACGCAUCGAUCCAAAAAUACUAUGAUAUCUGCUUGAAAUUCCACAAUUACCAGAUCAAAAAAGUAUUAAUUAAAAAACAUUUAAGUUGCAUUGUUAAAUUAAUAAAUUCAAAUAACUUCGAUAGAGCCAAUGUUGAAAUACUGGAACUAUACAAUACAAAUAAUAGACAAGAUCAAAUUAAUAAUACACGGGAUAUACUCUUUGUAGAUUUCACUGUUUUGAAUGAAAAUUAUUUGCAAAUUAUUAAAAUAUUGAUACUACAGAUAUUGUUGAAAACAAAAAAAUCAUUUAAUGAGAUAGAAUCAGAAAGAAUUGUUAAACUAUUUAUGGAUGACAAGAGGUAUAUGAUAUGUAGUAAAACUGUAGAUGAUAGUGCGUCUCGUUCCAAACCUACUCUAUCUGGAAUCAAAAUAUAUCACACAUUAAUGAAAGUUAUUUUAAACUUUUACAACGUACUAUCCCCUUAUAAAUUAUUGUUUGGAUUGAAAUUUUUGGAAUACUUAAAGGCUUAUGAUCUGAAGUUUGAAAAUUACAUUACUAACAUUUCCCUCGCCGCAUUUUCCAAUCAAUUGAGAUGUUCAGUCGUUAAUGAUAAUAUCUCGAAAUACUUAAAUUCAUAUUAUAUUCAAUAUUCAGAGUACAACAAUAAUAUAGAUAAGAUAAUGAUUUCUGAUAUUUUACAUGAAACACAAUUACAAAAAAAUGACUUAAAUAUACAAAACCGUGCAUUUAUUGAGUUGAAGUGUGUAUCUAACACUCAACUGUCAAUUAUAUUUAAGUAUUUCCAGUCAGUUUUACUAAAUAAGAGCAUUGAAAAAACUGAAAUUAAUAAUGUCAUAAACCAGUUAGAUUCGAUAUGGAGACUAAUUCGAUUAGAGACAUUCGCUAAUAAUGCAAAACUCAUUAUGAAAUUGUUUGAUCUCACAAUACAAUUUAUCAAUUUAAAUGUGAAAAACAUUUCAUCGGUGAAUAUUUUAGAAACUCUACUAAAUUCUUUAACUGAAUAUACUAUCAUUGCAAGGAAUUUCAAGAGACUUUCUAAUAUCAUUGCAGUUACAUAUAACUGUUAUAUGUCUCUAUCAUAUGAAAUAUUUUUGAUUAAGGCAGCAAAGCUGGAAAUUAGGAGAUACAUAUUAGAGAACAACAUUAACUCAUGCUCUAGUUUUUUGGCUAAAUUUUCUAAAUUUAUAAUGAGCACAAAAGAUACUAAGUUAAGACUUGAAUUAUUUCAAUUUUUAUUUAAUAUCGAUAAUUUGUUGGAGAACCAUACUUUUACUACAAUUCUGAAUUUUUGUAAAUUAACAUAUAUUCACUGUUUCUCUAAAAUGAGAUUGAACGACUUUUUACAUUUUAAGAACUGCUCUGAAGUUAUGCUUGCUGUUCUGUAUGCAUACUCAUCUAUUAGAAUACCCCCAAAUGAAACAUGGUCAAACAUAACAAAUCUUCUCUACUAUUGCAUAUCUGGAAUUUUAAAUGCGCCCUCAGAUGCUAUGUCCAAAUUUAUCAAUAUUCAUACCCCAAAAUCCCAUGCAUUAUACAAAGCUGAAUUGUUGAUAAAGAGCGCUUAUGUUUUGAACCUCGAAUUAUCUAAACAUUCUACUGCUAACUUAGGUACCUUAACGAGAAGUUUUAUUGAUAAAUGGAUGAUAAAACGUGUACAAUCAGUUUCUAAAGAGAAAAUAUCAGCAUUUGAGUAUGAUUUUGUAAAAUUACUACUAAAUUAUCUGACAUACAAUAAUUUUGACCCACUUACAGUAGAACUGGCACUGUUAAUUAAGAAACAUAAUUAUUACGCAAACCUGCAUUUACAAGCAAACUAUUCAUUAUUACAUUCCUUUACUAAUUUAAGAAUGCUAGAAGAGAUAAAAUUAUUGAAUAUUGAAAUAUCAACUAUUAGUAUGGAUUUUAAGAACAAUAGUAUUGAUAAAAUAUUAAAUUACUUGAAUGUUAAAUUGCAGCUUCAAUCUCAGUUAAACGAAAAAAAUGAAUUUGAAGAAUUAUUUGGAAAGCUCUUACCAGCAACUCGGCCAGAAUUAUUUGACAUUAAUAAUUCUUACAAUAUUCCAGCACCAUCUUAUAUUAAAGUGUUAUUGUUUAAUAUCAAGUUAUACAACACAGCAUCCAUUUUACAAAUGAAUCAUAAUAAUGUCAAGGAAGCUAUUAUUGAAGGGAAAAGAAGUUUAAAAUUAGCUGUUUCACUUAUUAGAAAAUCUAAAAUUUUAACAGAGAAUUGUCGUCUCGAAUUAAUAAAUCUAGUUUCGAUAACAUAUAUUAAUUUGGUUAACCAAUAUACCAAGAUUGGAAUAUCAAGGGACUCGCAGUUUUACAUUACAGAAUUUUCGCACCUGCUUUCUCAACUUGGUAAUCCUUCAGUGAUUUAUAAAUCUUUGAAUUUUCUCCAUGAGUAUUAUUCUCUGUCUGAACAGCCUGAUUUGGCUGAUACAGUUCUGCAGAAAGCAAAUGCAGCAUUCGAAUAUAUUGAUGGGCGGUACGAUAUUAAUUCAUUAACUUCGUUUUUGUACCGAAACAAAGAAACAUCAAGAGUAUUGGAAUCUCUUGAAUUAUUUUUUACAAACAAGUUAUUAAACGGAAAAUACUUAACCAUUUAUUGGAACUUGAAAUUGCAAAAUGUGACGAUAGAUUCUGUUGAUUUAUAUUAUCCUGAUUUGAUAAUUUUAAAUUCGAUUAAUCAAUUUCGUGCAUCAUUUUUGAAAGUUCAAAAACUUAUGGAUAGAGAUCCUUUUUUCAAAAGUAUUUUUGAUUCCGUGACAUCACUUCCAUCCUGUACCUUUCCUAAAAAAGAAAUUCCAACAUCAUUAAAUAAUGGUGUUUCCUUAAAAUCAAGCAUAUCAUCAGGCAUUUGUGAUUCUCCAAGAUCAUCAAAUAUGACUCCCAAAGGUAAAAGUAUGAAACAAAAUUUCGACAGAGCGGUUGCUAUUGAUACUUUAUUGAAGUCAAUAGAAUUUGUUGAUAACUUAGAUCUUUCUGCUUUAAGUGUCCAUGACUUAGCUGACAUCCAUUCAUUUUAUUCAUUGGGAACAAUGCUAAUAUCGAAUAUUCAGCUUCAAAAUACGUUAACCAAAUAUGAAAAAAAAUGCUUUGCAUUAGCUGAUUUAAGUAAAACUAUGCCUAUGCAACAUGAAAAGGAUUUAGCUCAAAUUGAGUCCAAUAUCUACGAUUCCUUUAGUCCAAUGCAGAUAACAUGCAAUGCUAAUAUUGUCGAAAAUAAAAUAAAUGAACUAAUAGACUAUCAAAAGUUCAUUCAGUCGUGUUCAGACGUUUUCAAUGUUAUAUCAAUUGAUAUCUGUCCACUAACUAAUCAUUUAUUGUUAUCAAAGAUCGAUUCCUCUUCCAAUAAGACUAUUCAUGUCCGUCUACCUUUAAAUAGAAUAAAUUCAAGAGAAUUAGACACACAAUGUUACACCUUUCAGGAUGCAUCAGAUGAGUUAAAUUCAAUAAUUAAAGCAAGCAAUCGUUCUACGUCGUUGGAGGUAACAAGUAAUGUAUCGACAAAAGAAGAAAAGAAGCAAUGGUGGAAAAGUAGAUAUGACCUUGACAAAAGAAUGGAAGGUUUAAUUACAAAAAUUGAUAAUAGUUGGUUCAGCGGAUUUUCAUCAUUUUUUGAUCCAUGUCCAGUUAAUAAACAGUAUUUUACGGAAUUUCAGUCUAAAUUUUAUGAAAUUCUUCAUGAUAAUUUGCCCACAAGAAAACAAUAUGGAAAUCCUAAAUUAUUUAUUAAACUGGAAGAGUGGAUAUUGGAGUUAUUUAUCAAACUCGAUACCUCUAAUGAGUCUUUUUUGAAUAUGCUGGAAGACCUUAUUUAUUUUGUCUUGGAUAUACUACUAUUCCAUGGUGAAGAAAAUGCAUAUGAUGAAUUAGAUAUUAAUAUGAUAUUUGUUCAACUAGAAGAAGAGAUCAAAAAGUACCAAUCACACCAAGCAAAAGGAGAUUUUGAACGUAGUCACACCUUCCUGAUUAUUUCAAGUGUAUGUCACAAUUUUCCAUUUGAAAACCUAUCUUUUCUGGAAAAGAGAUCUGUUUCUCGAGUACCUUCUUUUUCUAAUUUGAUAACAUUAAUUAAAAACAAUAACCACAAAAUAUUUGAUAAGAGAUAUAUCGAUACUAAUAUAUCUAUGGUCCUGAAUCCAAAUGGUGACUUGAUACAAACUGAAGAGAGAUUUAAAACUCAAUUCUCUGAUAUUGAAGCAACCGUUCCAAAUUCUAGAUUCCUUUGCAAUGACAAGCCUAACGAAGAAACAUUCCUUCAGAUGCUUAGAACUUCUAAUUUAUUUGUGUAUGUUGGACAUGGUAGCGGCGAACAGUUUGUACGGGCUAGAGAAAUCAUGAAACUCGACAUGAUAUCUCCUAGUUUUUUACUUGGUUGUUCAUCUGCGUCCAUAAAGUAUUUCGGAAAAUUAGAGCCAACAAGUACUAUUAUCGCUUAUUUAGUUGGGAAUUGCCCCAUGGUUAUUGGGAAUCUAUGGGAUGUGACAGACAAAGAUAUAGAUUUGUUCAGCAGAAAAUUAUUCUCAAAUAUAAAAUUUAUCGAAGAUGUUGAAUUUGGUGAGCGAAAAGGAGCUCAGCGUAUUUCACUUGCAUUAAGUGACGCAAGAAAAGUUUGUUAUCUCAGGUAUCUAAAUGGAGCCGCACCAGUAUUAUAUGGGUUACCGAUUCAUUUCAAUAAAUAG